CUAAAACUUUGCAUCUGAUUCCGACUCAGAGUCAGAUCUAUCUGUGACACACAUUUCCACAUUAUCAGAGCGAGGGUUCGUCGACAUGGGGGUCAAGAAGCCCGCGGAGGCUGUUGCGGCCGCCGUUGAGGCCUCAGUCUCUGCUGCGUCUACGCGCGGCUGCAAGGAGUUCGCAGCCAACAAGCGGGGCGUGUUCUUCCUCACGUUCGUCAGCUACGUGUUGUUCCAUGCGAGUCGCAAGAGCUUCUCGGCCAUCAAAGGCGAGAUGGGGGACGAACAGUGGAUUCACUCGGACCUGUAUUCAAGAGACCAGCAGGCCGAGAUGUACGGGCUGAUGGAUACGCUCUUCAUGGGCUUCUACGCGCUCGGGCUCUACAUCAGUGGCAUUCUAGGAGACAAGCACGAUCUUCGCCGCAUGAUCGCUGGCGGUAUGUGGGCCACAGCAGCUAUUGUAUUACUGUUCGGACUCGGAGCAUUGGCUGAUAUCCACGCGCUGAGCUUCUACGCGGUACUAUGGGGUCUCAAUGGCCUCAUCCAGUCCAGUGGAUGGCCUGCUAACGUCGCUGUUAUGGGCAAGUGGUUCGACCAGAAAGAACGCGGCGCAGUGCUCGGAGUCUGGAGUGGCAAUGCCUGUCUGGGCAACAUUGUGGGCACAGCUCUCGUAGCUAUAAUGUUCGCAGUGGUAGACAAGACAAUGGCGUGGAAACUCGCACUGAUCGUAGCUGCUGGACUCGUGGCGUUCCAUGGCGUUCUCAUACAUUUGUUCUUAUAUCCGGACCCGAAGGACGUGCCUUAUCGCCAUGAAUCACUCGAGGAGGCCAAGCCAGAAGUAGCCAAGCAGAAAGAUGACCCCGAAGAACUUGCGGACUCGGCAGAGGAGACAAAACCCAAAGGCAUUGGCUUUUUCAAAGCCUGGUGCAUUCCCGGGGUCUUACCGUACUCGUUGGCGUAUGCUUGUCUCAAGUCGGUCAACUACGCGCUGUUCUUCUGGCUUCCAUUCUACCUGACAGUGUCGCUUCACAUGGAUAAUUCUGAGGCGGGCUCUUUCUCGAUGUUAUACGACGCUGGGCAGAUUUUCGGAGGUUUCGUGGGUGGAAUAGUGUCCGAUAAAAUGGGUGUGCGGUCUCCGGUGGUCGUAACAAUGCUGCUUCUCUCCUGCAUCACCUUGUACUUCAUGGACGGAGCUUCAUACGACGUGACCGCGCUCCUGUUGCUAUCGUCUGGGUUCAUGCUGGGUGGCCCAGCUAACUUGAUCAGUACUGCCAUUUCGGCGGAUCUAGGCACUCACGAGAGUAUCAAAGGGGACGCUGAGGCACUUUCCACUGUCACGGGUAUCAUCGAUGGCACUGGAAGCAUCGGAGCUGCUUUGGUGCAAUACCUUGUGGGGUAUUUAGCUAAUUGCCAGUACGAACCGAAAGGCUGCGACCCCAAGAGCCCUCACUGCGUCCAGGUUUGCUCGUGGGGUCCAGUUUUCGUGCUGUUGGAGGUCGGCACUGUUCUGUCGUGCGUGUGCCUCGCACAGCUCCUAUACCACGAACUGCUACUCAUUCGGAGCCGACGUCGCUACUGCGUUCGUGAGAAUUAAAGCAUCGGGAGGAAUUAAUUACUGACCGAGAGGGGUUAAUUAUCGUAUCUUUCCCCGCACCAUAACUCACUACAAUAAAACGCUUCAGCAUUAUUAACGCUAUAUCAGUAGAUGUC